AUGCACUUCAACCUGUCCCUUCUCACCACGGCUCUGGGCCUGGUGUCCUCAGCGUCCUUCGCCAUGGCGGCAGAUUGCUACAAGAACGGCGGCUGCGGACAGUGCGAGAGCAAAGACCAGAUGUGGAGGGCACGCGAGGAGCUGUGCAACACGGACAAAUGGAAGAACAGCAAUGUAUUCAAUUGGGGCUGGGCCACCGUCAACCUAAAUGGCCGCUUCCACGACCAGCAGUCGUGCUGGGACGGUUUCGAGAACAUCAUCAACCAGUGCUACGGCAAGAAAGACGGUGGACUGGUAGAUGAAUGA